AUGCAAAUGGCUAACAGUCUCAGAUUGGCAGCAUCCACGACCACUGUAGUUACACAUUCAGCCGCGCGCGAAUCCGCCUAUCACGUUAAUGGACCCAUGGCAGUAAUGACUUCACCUGUCAUCGAAAAAUCGACUGUGGAUCUCAAGGCGAGCGCUUUUGCGCCGGCAGACGCCAUGGUCGUAGAUACCGAGGCAAACGGCGUUCAUGAUGCUCUUUUUGAUGAAGCAGAUCCUGCCGCAGACGCGAUCAAAGACUUGCCGACACCACCACCCAUCCCAACUCUAAAUGGCGCGAAAGAGAACCACACGACCGAGGAAAUAGCAGUACCAGAAGUUCCGCCUGCGAUUGAACCGACCACAAACCUCUCUAGCGGCAUCGACGGUGUCGCGCAACUUCUUCCAGACAACCAGCAAGACAACAACUCGUUGUUUGGCGACUCCGACAUGGGGGCGACCGUAACCAAUGCUGUGGAAGCACCAACUUCGGAUGUGCGCGAAGAGCCAGCCACAGAGCAAGAGCUUUUGAUUGCUACCCAAGCAACGAACGAAAGUACACAAAAUGUGCCUGAAACUCAACUUGAACCAAAAGAGGAGCCUCUUCCAGAUGUCAUGGACACGACCUCCAACGUACCGGAAGACACAAAGCCCACGGAUUCUUCUGGUGCGCCGACGAAGCCCAUGAAUGAUCUUACAAUCCAUGCUAGUUCUGAUGGGCCGGUCGCACAGCCGAAUGCGGUACAAUCGCCAACGGUUGUAGACCGCGAGAUGGAAGAUGCGCCGCCCUCGGGCAAAGUACGUCCUCGAGAAGAUGAUGAGGAUGACAUUCCUGAUGCGAAGCGAACGAAGACCGAAGAACUAACUUCCAAUGAGCAAGACUUCAAGGUCCCCGAUGUGCCCGCGCAUACCGAACAGCCCAAUGGAAACAGCACGGUUGCGGGGCCGGCGUCGGACCCUGGCCAAGAGUCGGGUGUCCACAAGGCCGUCGAUUACGAAGAUUGGCCGCCGGGUCCCAUGACUGAAGCGCAAAACAGGUUUUUGUUAGAGAGGAUUCGCAAUACGAAGAAGAUCAAGGUCUCUCUCGCGUUCAAGGAUCCCGUCAAUCCUGUACUCCUUGGCAUUCCCACCUACCCUGAAAUCGUCAAGCAUCCAAUGGAUCUAUCGACAAUGGAGCACAAGUUGAAGGACAAGAAGUACAACAAUGUCAGGGAAUUCAUGGCAGACCUUGAUCAGAUGAUUGAGAAUAGCGAAUUGUUCAACAACAAGCACCAUCCCGUUACGCAAGCAGGGUACAAUUUGCGCGCUUACUUCUUGAAGGGCAUGGGCAAGAUGCCUCGAGGAAGUGCUGCUGAAGAGCCAGUGCCCAAGGGAAAGAGCAAGAAACCCUCGGGGAGCACGGCAAAUGCAAAGCAGCGCCGUGAGUCGAGGGUCGCGGUACCCACAGUCAAGGCUCCUGCAGUACCAACGCCUACAGCCAUGUCCCCCCAAGCUGCCUGGCCUCUUCAGCAAGAUGGUACACCUCUCAUUCGCCGAGAUUCAUCCGCUGCAGAUGGCCGGCCGAAACGAGAGAUACAUAGACCUUCAAAGGAUUUGCCGUACACCAGUGCUAAGCCAAGGCGGAAGAAGUACCAGCAGGAACUUCGGUUCUGUGAGUCUGUGAUGACAGAGCUCAUGAAGCCAAAGUAUUCUGCCAUCACCUUUCCUUUUACCUCUCCCGUAGAUCCUGUGGCCCUGAACAUUCCAUCUUACCUCAAAAUCAUCAAGAAGCCCAUGGACUUCGGAACGAUUGAGAGGAACCUAAAGAAUGGCUUGUACCAGAGUGCCAAGGACUUUUAUGCGGAUGCCCAGUUGGUGUUCCAGAACUGUUACAAGUUCAAUCCAGAAGGCGAUGCCGUGAAUAAGAUGGGCCAUCAGCUCGAAGAUCUUUUCGAAAGCUUGUGGAAGGACAAGGCUGACUGGCUCGCGUUGCACGCACCCACUCAGGAACAAUCCCAUGGCGAGUUCUACUCGGAUGAGGAAGAAGACGAGGAGGAAGAGGAAGAGGAAGUUGAUCCGGCUCAGGCUCAGUUCCUUGCUCUCCAACAGCAGAUUGCCCAGCUGAAUGCUCAAGCCCAGCAACUUCUGCAGCAGCAGACGGCCAGUAAGCGUGCCUCGCCCAAAGCGCCAAGCAGCAAGAAGAAGAAGUCUGCGCCGGCGCCCACCAAGAAUAAGAAGAGCUUGAAUGUCCCACCUCCUCCUAGCAAGAAUGCCAAGGCGCAAAAGAAGGUCAAGCCACCUGCGCCCCUGACUUUCAACCAGAAGUCGGAGAUCUCAGAGGGCAUCAGCACGCUUGGCGAUGCUGACAUGAGGCGUGCCGUCCAGAUCAUCAGGAAUGGUUGUCCUCAUCUUGCCAAUGUGAACGACGACGAAAUGGAGCUUGACAUGGACGAAAUUAAUGAUGAUACAUUGCGCGAGCUCCAUCGAUUCAUCAAGACCAUCCGUGGUCCCAAGGGGGCCACCUUGAACGAUGAUGAUUUCGAGCCGCCGAGACCGGUGGCGAAGCAGGCUGCGAGCCGUCCCAAGAAAAAUAAGCCCAUGGGCAAGACGGAGCAGGAGGACAAUAUGCGCAAGAUCCAGGAGAAAUUGCAGUCUUUCCAGGGUGGCGCGUCCGGCUCCAGUCAGUCCCCAGCUGCGAAUGAUGCGUCGAGCGACGAUGAUGACAGCGCCUCUGAAAGCGAGGAGGAGUAG